AUGCAGGCCAAGCUCAAUCAGAGGCUCGGCCCAGAGUACGUCUCAUCAAGAGCUGGUCCAGGAGGGGGACCCAAAUUACACUAUCUCGAAGGUUGGAAAGCAAUCGAUCUUGCAAAUGACGUCUUUGGUUUCAAUGGCUGGUCUACAAAUCUAGUGAGACUCGAUACCGACUUUAUUGACAUCAGUCCGGACGGAAGCAGAUGUAAUGUCGGUGUCAGCGCAAUUAUGAGGGUCACUCUGCGAGACGGCACUUUCCACGAGGACAUCGGCUAUGGUCACAUCGAAAAUGCAAAAGGCAAAGCGGCUGCACUCGAGAAGGCAAAGAAGGAGGCAGUUACUGACGCGCUGAAGAGAUCAUUGAGGACAUUCGGAAGGCUGGUCGGCAAUUGCAUGUAUGACAAAAAGUACCUCGAAGCAGUCAGCAAGAUG